UCCGACGCACAGACUCAUCGAAGCACUCUCGGAGGACUGAUAUAUGAAGCAUGGUUCAACCAUAUUCUUGCCAUUAAAGGUAGAAUCGCAUCGCGAAGUCGCAUAGCAGAAACGAAUACAAUUUUGUUGAUAUUCGCGGAAAUUGUUCUGAUAAUUGCAGUGAGUCAAAAGAAAAGGCUCGAGCCUGAGACAGCGCUUAGUGCCAGGUUAUGGUUGGUUAGGCCUCUGAUAGAUCGCCAUGUCUUAGUGCUAAUUAGGGGCGAACCGGCCGCGAUGAAGCAAGACUAGUGAGGGACAGCUGCGGCACGGUCAUGCACGUCUGGGGGGAAGUAAGACACGACUUUCCUUCCGCCAACAGCCCAGGCCAGCGACAGCCUAAAGCUGCUUUAUUCCACAUUACUAGGCGCAGGUCAACUGUCAUAGAUGCCUACAAAACAUUGAAAGCGAGCGUGAUGCUAGGUUUCAGGAAGAAGCUACGGAAGCUUACGCGAAAGGAGCUAGUCCCCGAAAGACCCCCUUUACAGACUUCAGUAUUGGCUUCCCCACGCGCUAAAACCUACGGCCUGUUUCUACUUAGUGAGGAUGUACCGCUUAACGAUUCGAAAGAGUCUGUAGGAGUGGAUAUCGUGGCUAUACAUGGUCUAAACGGAGACGCUUAUACAACAUGGCAACACGAGAAUGGAAAUCUAUGGCUUCGGGAGCUGCUUCUGAACGACCUUCCUGGGUUAUGGGUGUUCACCUACGGGUAUCUAUCUGAAUUGUUCUGGAGCAAUUCCGUAGCCACAUUACGAGACUACUCCCGAUAUCUCUUGAUGUCUCUAGCAGCCGUUUCGGGAGGCAGAGACCGUCCAAUCAUAUUUAUCUGUUAUAGUCUUGGGGGCAUAGUCUGCUCUUGUGUUAGCGCAUGAGGAUGGUCGCCAGUAUGCUGACAUACUCAAUGCUACUUCAGCCAUUAUUUUCUUUGGAACUCCACACCGUGGCUCCAAAGGAGCUGAUCUUGGUAAAGUUGUUGGUAAAGUAGUUAACAUGUGUCUACGCGCAUCACAAACAGCCAAUAUAGCAGGGACAAUAAGAGAUGACCUUCUCACCACUCUAGGGUCUAAUUCUUAAGCGCUGAGCGACCUCGCUAUCUCCUCUCGAAAUCGUCUGAAAGACUUGGAGAUCG